AAGAAUUGUUUAGUGAUGUAUUGAUGCAUUGUUGUGUUUUCAGGUCUGUGGAUUGAUUUGGAGAUUUCCUACAAUGGGUCUUUUCUGAUGACGCUGGAAACUAAAAUGAACUUAACGAGGCUGGGCAAGGACCCCGUUGGGGAGGGGCUCGGACGAGUUGGGGAAAUCGGGAAAGAAGGGGUCAGGCCGAGGACAUACUGUCUGGCCGACAGCGAUGAGGAGUCCUCGAGCGCCGGCUCCUCAGAUGAAGAGGACCCCCCUGACCUGACUGCGGGAGACAAGGCUUUAGCACUGGGAGCAGAAGGCUUCGUCGGAGGGCAUCGAGCCAGCAAGAUUAUGAGAUUUGUGGAUAAAAUUACAAAAUCCAAAUAUUUUCAGAAAGCCACAGAGACAGAGUUUAUUAAAAAGAAAAUCGAGGAGGUUUCUAACACUCCGCUGCUGCUGACUGUGGAAGUCCAGGAGUGCAGAGGCACUCUGGCUGUGAACAUUCCCCCGCCACCUACUGACAGGAUAUGGUAUGGUUUCCGAAGCCCGCCACAUCUGGAACUGAAGGCACGUCCCAAGCUGGGCGAGAGAGAAGUCACUUUCGCACACGUGACGGACUGGAUAGAAAAUAAACUGGAGUGCGAGUUUCAGAAAAUAUUCGUGAUGCCAAAUAUGGAUGAUGUCUACAUGACUGUAAUGCAUUCAGCCCUGGACCCCAGGUCAGGAGAGAUGGGGGAGCCUUCGAAGGAACCCAGCCUGGAGGCUGCUGAGCACCUAUGAAAUGUGAAGAACUUGCUGUUUACAGUAUUAUGAAGGGGGAGGUCCGGGCACUCGGAGCUCUGACCCAGUCUCGUCUUUCAACCACUUGUGCCACCUUUGUAUCAGCUUCUUGAGAUCUGUCUGUACUGGAAAACAGACUGCUGUCCCCUCUCGCUUUACACACUACCCUGAGCAGGACUGCUGCCCCCCUCGCUUCACACACUCCCCCUCGCAGAACUGCUGCCCCCCUUGCUUCACACACUCCCCCUUGCAGGACUGCUGCCCCCCUCGCUUCACACACUCCCCCUCGCAGAACUGCUGCCCCCCUUGCUUCACACACUCCCCCUUGCAGGACUGCUGCCCCCCUCGCUUCACACACUCCCCUGAGCAGGACUGCUGCCCCCCUCGCUUCACACACUCCCCUGAGCAGGACUGCUGCCCCCCUCGCUUCACACACUCCCCUGAGCAGGACUGCUGCCCCCCUCGCUUCACACACUCCCCUGAGCAGGACUGCUGCCCCCCUCGCUUCACACACUCCCCCUCGCAGGACUGCUGCCCCCCCCCCCUCACAGCUCUUGUGCUUCUCAUUGAAGGACUUUUAGAGGUAGGAGAAAAAGAUACAAUUAUCAGCUUGCUGCUCAGUUUGCUUUCAAUAGGAGAACCGUUUAAAAAAUAAUAAAUAAAUAAAUAAUUGCAUAUUGUUUCAGGUAGUUUUCUAAAAAAAAAAUAUAUAUAUAUAUAUUAAAAAUUGUAACGAAAAGAAAAAAAGAGACUUGCAGAUUUGCUUCGGAGGGGCUGGGUGGAGCCAGCGAUCCACCUCAUUAGAAAUGCAUUCACCUGUCACCUUAUGUCAGAUAAAGACAGAACUAUCAUUCCAAAGGCGUUUCAUCAUGCAUUAGGAUGCACAUUGCAUUAUCAGACACUGAUUGAACAGUUCUGGAUCGAGGUGGACAUGUGUCCGUACAUGUGACUGUGUGUGUGUGUGAGGGUGGUCGGGCGACUGCUCCACUGUUCUAGAGUGUAGAGCAUGUAAUACUGCUAUGUGUACAGUAUGGGCAGGGUCUGCAGGGUGAUUGUUGAACAGGUUUCAGGUUGUUUAUUUUGAAUGAAGUGGUAUAGAAGUCACUGCGAGUGAUCUCCAAGGCUUUAUAUAAAAAUACCAGAUUUAAACGUGAGACACGCCUUAACCAAACCUGCGUAACCUGGUACGCAGACUCUAAAAACAACCUGAUGCUCUGCAUGACCCCCAGCCCCACUCUCCACCCCGCCCUUGUUUACUGAAACAAAAUCUUUUGUAUGAGAAGUGGGGAGUUUUAAUGGCUAGACAUAUCAGACGCCUGUGUUUAAAAGAUGUAUGUGUAUAGGUGAUUAAUAAGACUUUGUAAAUGAAUGUAUGGCUAUUUGAAGUGUUCAGUUGCGAAUGCAGUUCAAGGAUGCAAUGGUAGGUAGUUGAGAGGUGUGCUGCCGUUUGCUUGUAAAGAGUGAGCAGUUCCCAAGACGAAUCAGAGCUUUUUCUAUAUUUAAUACUGCAUAUAAAAGAGCUGAGCUCUUUCACCGAGGGUUCAUUCAAAGCACCAAUGCUGUGUUCCCUAUUCAGACUCCAUUUUUGAAAAUGCCAACCAUAGGAACAUGAUUUACAUUGAAUAGGAUCUCUGAAUUCUCUUUGAAUCAGUAACUUAGAUGGAUACUCGUGACUUAAAACAGCCAUAAUCAAGAAAUAUUAGCCAUAUUGAGAUGCCUUCUCUGAGACAUUGGUUUAAUAGUCUGAGCUCUCUUGUAACGUUCUUUGAGAGGGGAAAACUAAAAUAGCAAUCGUUUUAGCACCUUGUCUCUUCACUGUGUUCAGAGAAUAGGCCUCGUUGUUGACACUACUUGUGUUCAGUAAAACUGUUCUGGUGUAUUCAAGUGUUGUUUAUUUUUCUAAUGCUGAAGUAGCUAACUUGCGAGUAUUUGUCUAACCCAGUUUUCCAGUAAAGGAUCACUGCGUUGCACAGCGUUUGCGUGUCGUAUUCUCGUGGGCCGGUGUUUGCGUGCGUCCUCAUUAAGGGAUGGCACCUUUGUUUAAAAAGGAGUGAUCACCAAGGCUUCGGACCCUCUUGAUAACAUUAGCAUGAUUAGUCAGGGAUGGGCAGAUUUAUCAAAGUAGGUUUUAGAAAGUUGAAAUCCUGUGGUUUUAAACUUUCCAAAAUGUAGUGUUGUAUUUCAGCAAAUCUGCAUAUCCCUGAUUUUAAAACUGAAUUUAAAAAGGAAGGGAGAAGGAAAUUGGGUUGACGCUCAUUACAGUACUUUAAAGCCUUAGUGAUCACCCUUCAAGGUCGACCAGUCUUACUUAUGAACACUAGCAAACUCACAGAACUGCGGGGCAUUUACCAGUGAUGUUGUGUGUGAUGCUGUAUGCAUCUGGUCUAGUGUAAAUUUAAUAACUGAGUGACUGUAACAGUGACUCUGGUAUGAAACUCUACAAAACGAUAACAGAUUUUGCCUUGAUUUUAUAUGUUGCAAACCAUUGUUGUGAACUGCAAAAGAUUCAGCUAUUUGCACUUGUAACUAUGCUUAAGUAAAAGUAAUUCUCAGUGCAUAGAUUUGUAGCACAGCCUUGCAAAGGAUAGUGAACAACUAAGUGUUUUUUGUUU